AAUCAACAUGGCGGCGUUUUGAAACAUUUGAACUUCGUUCGUGAGCGAAUAAGAUUAACCAGGUUUUCAAAGGUAAAAUGCACAUCUAGCUACCACAAAUAGUCUUAAUUGGAUUUAAAAUGAGUUCCUCAGACAUAAAAGAUUUAAUUGGACGACUGACAAACCAAAACAAUGAAAGUCAAAGAACAGGAUGCAAGAAAUGUGGCUACAGUGGUCACCUAACUUUUCAGUGUCGUAACUUUGUACGCGUUGAUCCAAAGAAGGAUGUAGUGGUUGAUGUCAGUAGUACAUCCAGUGAAGAAGAGGAUAGCGAUAAAGAAAUCAGCGUCAGCUCUACAACAACUCCUACUUCAUCUGAUUCAGAUUCAAAAAGAAAAAAGUCUCAGAGGAGAAAAACAGUGAAAGAAAGAUCCCAGUCUCUAGAGAGGGCCUUGAAACAGAGAGAUGUUCCACGUCAGAGGGCUGCCUCAUACUCGCCACCUGCUCUAAAGAGAGCCAAGAGGAGUCAUUCAGUAACAACUGAUGAAACUGACAAAAGUGAUGAUGAUUCUGAUAGUCAUAAAAGAAAAAGAAAAAAGAUCAGAAAACAUCAGAAGAAAGAACAGCCAAGGAGUAAACACAGAAAGAGCCACAAACACAAAGAAAAGAAAAAAAGCAGAAGGAAAAAGAGCAGAAAAAGACACAAGGCAACCUCAGAGUCUGAGUGAUGCUCUUCAAGACUAUUCAACCCUAAUGUUCUUGUGAGUAGGUUAUGAUGCUUGAAACUGAAAUGUGGGAAAGAUCCAUGAGCAAGGGUGGAUGUUUAAGCCUUCUGUAUCAACUAUUGUCACAAGUUUUGAAAGUGCUUCAGUUCUUUACUGGUAUUCAAAUAUUAACAAUAUUGCUAUAAUUUGAGUUAAAAGUUCUUUUUCACUUGUUCAACUGUCAAAGUGUAAAACCAAAACCAUAGUCAUAUGCAUGGUUUUGCAAGGACAAGGUAACACUUUUUUUUUUUUAAACAUCAACAAUUUGUUUUUAUGUAAUUCAACUCUCUUCUCUGUCUGUACAAAGGUUCAGCUUAUUAGUACAAGAACUAUACCACUGAUGUUUGGUGUAGUUAGGGGGAAGAUGUUCUCACAAUGUAGGGGUUGAUUAUAUUGGAAGGAAACAAAUUCUUACAUGACUGUAUUUUUAAUUUAACCCUGUAAUGAAAACUUUUUAGAAAGAAAUUGUAAGAACUCCAAGAGCUUGUUCUUGCUAUUUUAUUCUGCACUUUGUACACACUAUAUACUUGGGCAGCUGUUUUAAUUUAGUUUAUAGCUUAGUGUUAAUAGUGCCGCAUGAGAUUUAUAAUUAGAUUAUGAAACACAUAACAAAAUACUUGAAUACCUAAUUGCUUUUACCCAUGGUUUUAUAUGAAAGUAACUGAGUUUACAGUAAGUUUUAAUAUUAAGAUACUGUCAAAGAUAGUCCAUGAUCUUGAUAGAUAAUCCUCACAAAGCUCAUUUUCUGAACAUCAUUUGAAAGAUGAAAACCAGACCUAGACUGAACAAAUCCUUUUUAAAGGUUAAAUAUGAAACUUGUAUGAAAAUAUAGCCUUAUGUAUUAUUAUUUUCCCUAGUUGCUUCAAGUUACAGUGUUGUAAACCCCAACUAAAUGUAAAGUUAAUGUAUUUUUUCAAGAAUUAA